AUGUUAUUCUUUCUGCUGACAUUUCUCUCGUGUAUAUCUUCACUUUAUUCAUUCAAUUAUCAGACCGUUGAACACUGGAGAUAUUUGAGACAAGAUAAACCAACACAAAAAGCAUCGUAUUUCGGCUAUUCAUUAGCUGUGCAUAGAUCAAGUUUACUAGUCGGUGCACCUCGUGAUCAUUCACCUCAUGAUAUUAUAGCCCGACGUGGAACCGUAUGGAAAUGUGAGUUUCAUCCGGACAGUUACUGUCAACGUUUACCAUUUCGUCGUGAUGGUGAAGCUAAUGUUCGUGUUGGUACUUCAUUUGACAAUAAAACUGAUCAAUGGUUAGGUGCUUCAUUAGCUGCAAAUGAUGGCAAUAUAAUCGCUGGUGCACCAUUUCUUAAACAUCGUAUAAACGAUGGACACAGCCUCGAGUAUGAGAUACCAGGUGGCGCACUUAUUGGAAAAUAUGGCACAUCAUUAUCAAUGAAAGAGAGUACACAAAUAUUUUCUCCAUCGUUUCUUAAUUGGCAUUCUCGAAAUUACAAUCAAGAAGGUUAUGGCGAAUUCGGUUUUCAAGUGGCGUUGAGUCGAAAACCCGAACGGAUAAUCAUCACAGCACCAGGCUCAUUUUAUUUUCGAGGCGGAGUGCAUUCAAUUCCAAUUAUGGACAAGAAUUGGGUUGAUACGAGACAUCCUUUCACUUCUCCACAUUACAAAUGGCGUGACGCCGGAUGGCUUCGAUAUCCAUCAAAUUAUUCGUCGAAUGAAUACGAUGAUUGGUGUUAUCGAGGUUAUGCUUUGGCACUUGGAAAUUUUAACAAUGAUGAUAAUCAAGAAUUAGUUGUUAGUAUCCCAAAGUUACAUAAUUAUCGUGGAGCAGUGGAAAUUAUGAACAGUAAUCUGGAAGAACGUUCGAUACGAACGUUGAAUGGCUCCCAAAUGGGAGAGUACUUUGGUGCAUCGUUAUGUGUUGUUGAUAUUAACAAUGAUGGAUUGGACGAUUUGCUGGUCGGUGCGCCUCUAUAUACGGUAAAGAAGGAUGCGCGGAUCAUUCCGGAUGCCGGUCGAAUAGUGAUAUACCAUCAAACACCGGAGCAUAAACUUAUACGAAAACAAACUAUUGAAGGAACACGUGAAGGUGGACGAUUUGGACAUGCGAUAACGAAUUUAGGUGAUAUUGAUAAAGAUGGUUACAAUGAUGUUGCUAUUUCCAUGCCAUUUGGUCAUCAGAAUUCUUCGAAUACUGUUUAUAUUUAUCGUGGAUCAAAAGAUGGAUUGAUUAUUCCUCCGACCCAGAUUCUUCAAAAACCAUCAUUGAAAGGUUUCGGAUGGGCAAUUCAAGGUCAAUUUGAUUAUGAUAAUAAUGGCUAUUUAGAUUUAGCCGUGAGCAGUAUUCAUUCAGAAACAGUUGCUAUCAUCUUGUCACGACCUGUGUUACGUUUACAAACCAAAUUAAGUCAUAGCUCGUCAACGAUUCCACUUAAUUGUACGUUGCGAAGUGACGAUGCAUGUUUUGUCCUGAGCAUAUGUAUCUACCUGGUGGACAACAAUUAUAAACCAUCUAAACGUGACACGUUGACGUAUGAAAUACAAUUGGAUAAAGAUAAAAAUCAAGCGGAUAAACGUUUGUACUUUCGCGAAUCGUACAAACCAUCGAAAAAACGACAAUUGAGAUUAGCUGAUCGUGUUUGUCAUGAUUAUUCUUUAUAUAUGAAAGAUGAUGUCAGUGAUAAACUGAAACCAAUUCGUAUACACAUGGAGUAUACGUUGUCGUCCAAGUCAGACCCGAAUCUUGUUCCACCAAUGCUCGAUCCAGCGAAUUCUUCGUUUAGUUAUAACAUUCCAAUUCAAAAAGAUUGUGGACCGGACGAUAUUUGCAUAUCAAAUCUCAACAUAUCCACCACAAAAUCUCCUAAUAUUUAUAAAGUUGGUUUAACAAAAAAGAUUCUGCUCAAUAUCAAUGUAACAAAUACCGGAGAAAAUGCUUAUGAUACCAAGUGUUUCAUACAAUUACCUACUGGGGUUGAAUAUGUCAGUGCGAAUUCAAGUUCGAUCAGAAAUCUCUACUGUAAUCUGAUGAAGCAAUCAGAUCGAAUUAUCGUUUGUCAACUCGGCAAUCCACUCUUAGCGAAUACCAAUGUAUCGUUGCAAAUCCAUACCGCUGUGAAUAAUUAUUCAGUAAUUCAAUCUGACCCAUUAAUAUUUCAUAUCAAUGUGACAAGCGAUAACCCUGACUCGAAGAAAUUGUCAGCAGAAAUUUCUAUACCGAUAUAUAGCACACCGGAAUUGGUCUUGAGCGGCGUUGCUAAACCUGAACAAAUCGCAACAGAUACAUCCGAUAAUGUACUUGUCAGAUACGCGUCCAGCUCGAAAACAAACGAUCUCGAAAUUAUCCACACGUACACGCUACAUAAUCGAGGACCAAGCGAUGCAAAACGUACAGAAAUCAAACUUAUGUGGCCAAUGCUCCCAUCCGUAGCGUUCGAUCAGCGGUCACCCUUAUUGUACGGUAUCGAUCUUCCAAAUAUCAUCCGUGUAUCAGACCCAAAAGCUAACAAAGAUCGAUGUCAUAUUUAUCAUUCGUCGUCGUAUCAAGCUCCACUAAUAGAAAAUGAACCGAAACCUCAACAACAGUCAUUUCUUGAAAAAUUUCGUCCACCGAUUACAAACAAUCCUAUUCUACAAGAACUCCCUACAUCUGAUCGACCGGUUGAAUCUUCAACUCCGAUAUUCUGCCACGGACCACUAUGUAAAACAUUCAUUUGCUACAUCGAUACAUUACCUAUCGGUCAUAGUGUAUUAAUUCAAUUAAAAGCAACCUUACGGCACAACCAAUUUCAAUCAAAAAUUCAACGGUCAAAACCAUUUAUCAUCGUAUCCAAUGCCACAACCGAGUGUUCAGUCGAAAGUAUGUAA